UUUGUUCCGAAACAUGACGGGGAAAGAACGCCAGAUCGUCGUACACCGUGACAACCGUUCGCUGGAACAACAACACCGUGAUCGGAUUAGUAGUUUGGAGAGAAGUCGGGCAACUCGGAAGUCGACAGAUAUUGUCCCCAGGACUGGAGAUGACCUGUUUCCGCGAGGAUGGUUUCAAGAGAUGGAUCGAUGGAUGGCGGAAACUCAGCGAAGUUGGUAUGAUGAUAUACGCCGGAUGAGGGAGAAUAUGUUUUCAUUACUGCCGUUGGACGAAUUUGAUUUGCCAUCAACAUUUUGGCCCACAAGUCCAACUGAUCGAGUUUCAUCGGUUAUUGAGCGAAUGGAACGUCAGAUGGAAGCCAUGCGACGUAAUAUGCGACAAAUGAUGUCACAUGAAAUGGACCCGAUGCUCCCUGGUUUCGGAUUUCACGAUGGUCCACUCGACUUUCUCAAAGACGCAUACCAAAUUGGUGAAGAUGGCAAGCUUCAUUUCAUUGUACGAUUUGAUCUUCAAGGCUUCCGCCCGGAGGAUAUCAGGGUGACGUCAACACCAAAUUGUCUAACUGUCAAGGCUCAAAAAUCGUCAAAGACUGAUAAUUCCUCGGAGGAGAGGCAAUAUUAUCGAGCGAUUUACCUGCCAGAUAAGGUGGAGGAUGAUAAGUUCAAGUGUAACCUGAGCAACGACGGCUUCCUCACAUUGGACGCUCCUGUCAAGGAAACCGAUUACGACCGCCUUGCGUUCGAUCAGCAAAAGCGAUUGGCAAUCAAACCGAGGCCGGAAUCACCGACAAGCAAAUCCACUGUCAGAUUUUCUGAGCGAUCACCAGUGAUCCAGUUCAUCGGUAAAAAUGGACUGACCGUCUUGGAUGAUGGUAAGACCGAAAAGAAAAUUCACGUUGAAGUCCCGUUGGAGCCUGAAUUUGGACUUGAUAAUAUUCGGGUGUAUGUGGAGUCCAAGAAACUUGUUGUUCACGGCUACAAGAACAUUCCAGAUGAUAAAGGCCGAUAUGAAGAGGACUACCGUAAAGAAUUCACAAGGACGUACAACCUUCCAUCCCCGAUCGAUACUCUAUCUAUUCGCACGCGAAUCGAACUGAACACUUUGCUUAUUGAAGCGCCCCUGCUUUGAAGUGUGUAACUUCCGGAACUCAACUAUUUAAGAGCCUCACUUGCUUGAUUUUAACAUUUUGAACCAAAUAUAACCGCACCCUCUCCCUCAAAGCAUCUAUUUUACCAAACAUCCUACACCUCUGUCAUUGGGGCGCAGAAACCCCAACAUGGAUGGCUUCCAUUCGAACAAGGGUCCCUUUUGGGUAUCACUUAGAAUCCUAUCCAAGGACAAGACAAUCUGGCUACACUAAUUAACUUUUUGAGCUAUUCUGCCACAACGAUUUCUGGGCAGCUGAACAUUUUAUUGCUUACGAAUUUCAUCGGAUUUUGAA